AAGCAAGCAUCAAACCAUAUAAAAAAAGGAUAGUCCGUAGAAACUUUAAAGCUCGAUGUGCUCGAGUAACGAAAAAGAACAAAAGAACGUGGUCAGCAUGCGAAAAACUAAUGAUAAUCGCAUAUUAUAAAAAAGGACGUAGUAAACGUUCAACUGCUUAUAAAUUUCAAAUAGAACCGAAACAACUUCGGAAUUGGAUAACCAAAAAAUCAGACCUUAUGAAAGCUGCGUCUUAUAUUCAAAAGUUGUCACAUGGGGCUCGGCUGAGGUAUCCUAAACUUGAAGCCGAAUUAAUUGAAUGGUUUCGAGAUCUUAGAUCUCAGCAAAAAGUCGUAAGCCAGUUUAUGAUUCAAGCCAAAGCUUGCUCUCUGUGUGCUACGUCUUGUUAUCAAAAUAAAUACGAGGAAAUAGCAA